GUUUUAAAAAAAAAAAUUUAAGUAAAAACAACAAUGUGGUAUUAAAGUUUGGCAUGAUUUGAAGAAAACCCGUUCACAAUGAAUAAUUUAAUUCAGACACUUAUCAAAAUUUCAGAGACUCAUCCACAAUUACAAAAUAAAACAGAAAAAGUAUUUCAGGGACAUGCAACACCAAGUACAGGACUGACUUUGGAGGAAUUCCGUUCGAAAUACCAAAAAAUGCAUAACGAAGAGUUCCCAAUUUCGCAGGAUCAAAACAUCACAAUUGAAUUCUUGCUCACCUUGCGUUUAAUGUCGACUCAUCGUAGAAGAGGUAGAAGUCAAGUAUUUUAUUUAUUGGAACCAAAAACUGAAAUAAUAUCCUUUAUUCGCGAUACUGGGUUUCUGCAAUAACACGUCAUGCUAUAUUUGACGUUAUAUAUUUUUAUAUAUCAAGCUUAAAAUCUCUUACUGUAGUUCAAUUCUAAAGUUGAUCAAUUUUUAUAAAAUUUAUAUACAGAGAUAAAAAUUAUGUCACUCGGUGGAAAACAACAGCAUCUUAUUUAGAAAUCGCUUCCUAUUACUAUUAAUAAACAGUUAUUUCAUAAA